AUGUAUGUGAAAUGCUUUGAUACAGUAAUGUUUUACUAUGUGAUUUUAGUGAUUGUCACAUUUUGUCAUUUUCAAAUUUCCCGCCGUUCCGUCCCGACGUCGCAGGGGAUGGAACCCAGAUGACAGGUGCCGGCAUCCGCCGGAUUACAUUGCAGGGGACGCUGCAGGAGGGACAUCGCGGGAGCGCAGGACAAGGUAAGAGAAGAACAGAUCCCGGAGCAGCGCCGCAUGGUAUUCCCGGUGUAGCUCGGGGUUACCGCUUGUGCUACACUCGGGAAUACCGUCAGGAAGGU